AGGAGCAUAUUGGAAGCAUCCGUGUGCUAACAUAGAUAUUAGUUAACACUGGCUAUAUGUACCUUGGCAACUUGGUUUCACGGGAACUCGAGCUCUAGCUAAAGCAACGUGUCUCAUUUCCGCAUUCAUUUGUCUGCGGAGCGCCAGGGCCAUGUUGAAGAUGUCUGGCCUGAGCAUUCGGUGUUGAUUGAUUCACAUACUUAAAUUCUGGAUUAUCUUAUCUGGCCGCCUAGACGCUGACUUGUACCCUCUGGGAUCCGGCUACGUCCCUGAAAUUGACAGUGUCCAUGACAUAUCAGUUGGCACAAAGAGGGGAUCCGACGAACUGUUUUCUUCCUGCAUAUCCAACGGGCCUUAUAUCAUGAACUCAGCCAAUGGCAACGAUAGCAAAAAAUUCAAAGGUGACGUACGCAGCCCUGGUGUUCCGUCACGUGUGGUCCACGUACGCAAGCUGCCCAACGACAUAAAUGAGGCUGAGGUUAUUGGUCUGGGACUGCCUUUUGGGAAGGUCACUAAUCUGCUGAUGCUAAAAGGGAAAAACCAGGCGUUCCUGGAAUUGAACAGUGAAGAGUGUGCACAGACAAUGGUCAGUUACUACUCGUCUGUCACCCCUGUCAUCAGAAACCACCCCAUUUACAUGCAAUACUCAACUCAUAAGGAACUCAAGACGGACAACUCUCCAAACCAAGUGCGUGCUCAGGCAGCUCUGCAGGCUGUUAAUGCCCUUCAUGGAGGAGGGAUGGCUAGCAUGCCCAUUGCUGCAGAUGCAGCUAGCAUAGGUGGAGCAGCAAGCCAAAGCCCUGUACUCAGAGUUAUAGUGGAAAACCUAUUCUACCCAGUCACCCUGGAUGUUCUCCACCAGAUUUUCUCUAAGUUUGGCACUGUGCUGAAGAUCAUCACUUUUACCAAGAACAACCAGUUUCAGGCUCUGAUCCAGUAUGCAGAUGGCAUGACAGCUCAACAUGCUAAACUGUCUCUGGAUGGACAAAACAUCUACAAUGCUUGUUGCACUUUGAGAAUCAGCUUUUCUAAGCUCACCAGCCUCAAUGUUAAGUACAACAAUGACAAGAGCAGGGACUACACCCGACCAGACCUCCCCACUGCAGAUUCACAGCCCUCCAUUGACCAUCAGACCAUGGCUGCUGCUGCAUUUGCACCGGGUAUAAUCUCGGCCUCUCCAUAUGGUGGAGCUCAUGCCUUCCCCCCAACCUUUGCUAUCCAGCAGGCAGCAGGCUUUACAGGUCUGUCCAUGCCUGGUAUUCCCAGUGCCCUGGCGUCCCUCGGUGUGGGCCAUGGCAGCAUGGCGGCUGCUGCUGCAGCUGCUAGCAGGCUUGGCCUAUCAGGGCUCGCCACAGCUGGCGGCCACAAUGUGUUGUUGGUCAGCAACCUAAACCCCGAGAGCGUUACGCCACACUGCCUCUUUAUUCUUUUCGGCGUGUAUGGCGAUGUCAUGAGAGUGAAGAUCCUGUUCAAUAAAAAGGAGAAUGCUCUGAUCCAGAUGUCUGAUGGCACACAGGCUCAGCUAGCUAUGAGCCACCUGAAUGGCCAACGACUGCACGGCAGGGCCAUGCGUGUGACACUGUCAAAACACACCACAGUGCAGCUGCCCAGAGAGGGCCACGAGGACCAGGGGCUCACAAAGGACUUCAGCAACUCGCCACUGCACCGUUUCAAGAAGCCGGGCUCCAAAAAUUACUCCAACAUUUUCCCACCCUCCGCAACACUCCACCUCUCCAACAUACCGCCGUCUGUCGUAGAAGAUGACCUCAGGAGGCUGUUUGCAAGCUCUGGAGCCACAGUCAAGGCCUUUAAAUUCUUUCAAAAAGACCGCAAGAUGGCCUUGAUCCAGAUGGGCUCAGUUGAAGAAGCAAUUGAGUCUCUCAUUGAGUUCCACAACCAUGAUUUGAGAGAGAACCAUCAUCUUCGAGUGUCCUUCUCCAAGUCUACCAUCUAAGUGCCUUUCCUUCCUCCAUCCAGACUUCUUAGUCUGAAUCCUAUUUUAGGUUCAGUGGCCAUCAUUAUGUAUUUAUGGCUGUUUCUUUGCAGAAUGUUGCUCCUUCAACCCAUGUUGCUAGUCAUUCCAUUGUUGAUGAUUUUGGGAUUAGUUCCGCGCAUUUUUGUCCAGCCAAGAUGAGAUAAAAAUGAGAACACCCUUGUUUUUUCUAUUUGACUCAUGGCAUCAAUUUAAUUUGGCUUAAAAUAUAAAGUAUUUUAAAUUGUAGGAAAUUAAUUAUUUUGCUCAUAUUUCGCUCUCUCUUUUAGUGUUUGUUGUUGAGCAAGACAUGCUCUUAUUAGCUGAGUCUGAGAUAUUCUGAGGGACCAGUCCCAUUAUUUGUAUGCAGUUACAGAUUUCCUCCACUGCAGAAACUAGUUUUUUGUUCAUUAUCCCCCUUUUGGCAAAGGGGAAUAAAACACACCCAAAAUAAUGUAAACCUGUGUUGUCACAGUUCUGAUGGAAAAUGCCUACCAGCCGGUCCAAACUCUGCUCAGUCGUGUUUUCUGGUCAAAUGUAGCUUUUAAGGUCCAGUUCAGAACAAGUUCCUGAUUCCCAAAACCUAAUUGAAUAGUUCCAUCAUAGACGUUCCUGUGGGUCUGAGGUAAGAGGCAACAUUCUGCAAUGAAACAUAAAGGAGGUUAAGUAGGGGCAUCUGAAGACCUGUCACUUUAGACCAAAUCACAUCUUUAAAAAGGAAGAAAAAAAAAACACCCUUCACCACCAAUAUAUGCGUAGGUGGAUGACUAAUAUCCACACCAGACACACUUCAGCAUUCCUUUUGUUAUUGUAGCUGUGUGAAUAUGUGUGCGCCUUUUUUUUUUUU